GAUUUACAAGUCGCAUGCCCGUGAAUCCGUUCGCGUCGGCGACGUUCUCGAGGAGGUGGUGCACUCUACCAAAAGACGGAGCUUUCCAUUCAACAAGUUUGGUUUGGUGCGUGUGUACGUGCGUUGAAACCAUGCGACAGUGUCCGACUCACGUUCGAUCGCUGUCAAAAAGGCACGCUUGACGGCGUGGGCUGUGUUAUUACUUAGAUUAUUGUGAAACCGAAUGUCGUUGACAUAAACUUACAACAUACUUUAAUCGGGUUGAGACUUUCCGCAGCCGGUCAUUUACCGUCAGAUUAACAGAUAGGGUAGAUAAAUAGGAUGAUUUGUUGACAUUCGUUCCAAUCAAGAAGACCCGCACUUGUUAAACUCUACCAAACUGCUGCAUUUGGUGUGGAUAACACAAAUAUUCUGUUGGAUCACCGAAUGAAAACUGCGGGAAAUUCAACUCCGCAGAUCUUAUUGGACAAAUUGACGAGCUACUUAUCUUAUAACCCAUUACUAUAACACGCAGUAUCUAUGACUAUGGGAUUAUUUGAAAUUGCACAUUGAUAUCAACGACGAUGCCUUUGAGUGCAGUUUGUGUCAGUACUGUUGGUGGUCGCCACAAAAAUUGGUCAGCCGCUAAAGAUGCCCAAGAUUUCAUAACAAUGAAUAAUUCCGAAGAAAUCUGUACCUAUCAAGAGAAUGGUCGAAGAAUCUACGCCCCAGUGAAGAAGCCUGCCUAUUUUGAAUAUGACAUUUCUGACGAUAAACCAUCCAAAAAAGAGAAGAAAUGGUCCUUCGGAAAUCUUUUCAGAAGAAAGAAAAAAUCAAACGACAGCAGUAGCGACGAAGAAACAAAAGAUAAAAAUAGGAGAAAGUCUGAGAAAAGAAAGAAACCGAUAACCUUCGAUCAUGUGGUGAUUCCCCAAUCACAAUCACAAAUCAAGUUUCCCGAAGUUCGUGGCACUCCGACUGAAAAAGCUGAAGAUAGCUCACUUCUCAAAUCUCAAGAAACUCCAAAUCAAAGCAAGUCGUAUAUAUCCGAUAAUCAAACUAAGCAUCAGCCUGCAGGCCAAUUCGAACAAACCAAAGUAAAAUCCAGAACAUCAUUGGAUAAUUUGAGUAGAAAAUCAAGAAAAGAUUUGGCCAAAGUACGGGCUGAGGCUAGAAGAACGUCGAUAAAUCGCAAUAGCAGUUCCGACGAGGAUUCUCAAAGAUCGAAUUCGUCACAGAAAUUCCGAAGUGACGAGAGUUUGUACAGAACAAGGGACGCCUCAGCCAAUAGAAGAACGCGGGCGGCCAGAACUGAAAGGUACCUCAAACGUCACUCUCGAGAUGGAGAAAAUCCUAACAAUUAUUUGCGAAUAUCUAAAUCAGAUGCUGAAUCAACAUUCCUCAGGGUAUCAGACGAUAGUAAUAGGUCACCUAGCGCAAGCCCUCAACUGUUAAAAUCGUCUUUCUCAAGUUUAUCUUCACAAACACCAAGUGUUAUGGGCUUGUCAACCAUUCCUCCUAGUCACACACAUCACGGCAGAUUCAAAGUGAGCAAUUCAACGAGCAACCCAUCCUACAAACCACCGUUAUCAAUAAAUGACUACAACAAUUCUUCCAAGAUCCCUACGUCUCAAAAGGAAAAUGUAAUGUUUAAUAACCAACGGAGCAUUUCCUUCGAUGCGAAUAUCCACAGACCUCAAGACCAUCAAGAGGUUAUUUACGCCAAAUUGGAGUUGGGUAAACCGACGAGAAAUCUAACCCUUAUGGACAAUACACAAUUGAGACGUUACUACAAUGUUUACCAACCUCCUGCGCCUCCUCCGAGGGAUCCAAAGAGGUUGCAUGGAUCUCUCAUUCUCGACACUUUAAAUCAUAACAAUUCUCACGAUAAUGUUCCGACUAGAUAUAACUUUCACAAUGAAUCGAUCUUUCAAGUUAAAAGGGUGAAUUCUAUUAAUCGACCAGCCUUCAAAUCGUCAUCAGAAAAUCAUAUACCCAGAGAGAAUCCCGUAAUUUUAUCUCAGAGACCUUCUUCAACCACUCCUGAAACCACCAUUCGGAGGAAUGGCACCACAGAUGUGCCGUUACGUUCAGAUAAUAAUUAUCAGUAUCUCACAGAUAAGCAACCCAGGAGUCGAAAACCUAUUCUUAUUCAGAAUGAUUCGAAGAAACAUCAAGAAACAAAAGACAAAUUGAGAGAAAGUCGAAAUAACUUUCCCUCGAGAGAUUCUAGUAGUUUUCUGGAGCAACUGCAAGCCAAAAAAUCCAAUAGAUACAGCAGAGGAAAUAGCCCUAAGAUACUCAACUCUGAAACUAAGCUGCAAACAGAAAUAUUUCUUCCAAGUGUUCUUCCCAAUAGUAUCGGGGAAAAUAAAAACGUACAGCAAAAAUUGAACGAUAAGAAUGAGAAUCUAAAGCAACAAGAUCUUGAUCUUGUUAAUCAGAAUUCAAUUAUUUCUGUCGAAGCCGAAACUUCCCAAGCGAAAUCUGCGAAUUUGGAAGAAGCACUCAAUGAGCUAGAGGCGAUUUAUAACAGUUUGAAACUGGGCGAUGAAAAUCUAUUGGAAAUGGCUGAAAAAAGGGAGAAUGAAGUGGCUACUCAAAAAAUGUUAGAAAGUAAUAACCAGUAUUCCAUAUAUAACGGUGCAAGAGGUGCUUUUAGUGACUCCGGUUUCAGUUAUGAACCUUUUGACUCUCUGGAUUCUCGGAGACGGCGGAGGUACUCCAGGAAGUCUCUAAGGUCAGAUGACAUGGCUGUAAGAAAACUCAAUAAACAAGAACGGGCUGCUACUAUUACAGAUCCCCAAGCGGUUGCGUCAAAAAUAAGCUAUCUCUUGACCUCACCUAUUUACACCGAUCGUUUGGAUGAAAAACUAGAUCCAAAUGAACCAGAUGUAACUUUGGACGAUGUGGUCUACAGGAACAUAAAGCAGUUGAACAAAAUGAAAGUACCCGAACACCCUCCACCAUUUGGUAUACCAUUGGGUCCAAUAACAUUGGCUUCAAACAGUGAUUAUCUACAUGCAGUUCCUGAUACAGAAACUGUUAAACCUAGCAGAAUGCCAGAUUUGGUCAAGGACGAUUUAGCGUACAGAAAUUUACGUAAAGAUAAUACCAAAGAACCUGCUCUACCUCCUGUUUCAUCCGAUGAUUUGAGAAAUAACAAUUUGACUAACUCUGUACCUGAUACUGUAGAUAUAUCGAGGAUAGACCUGGCUGAACUCAAGAAAAAGAGAGCAGUUCGUUCUAAAUCGGCAAAUAUAGGUAGUUUGAUCAGUCAGGAGGUCAUUGAGAGGGCGUCCAGAAGAAAUGCUCGUGACAAAAACGUCGAAUACAAAACAUUGACAGACAUUGCUGAUGCAAUGCAGAUCGCACGGCAGGUACUCAGAGAAAAAGAAAGAAAACUCAAUGAAACCAGAAUAGGAUCGUUGAGCGAUACCGAUUCUAUAUAUCCGAAAUAUUCCCGUUUUUUACCUUCCACUAAUUAUAGUGAAAACCUGGAAGAUAUGAGAGACAAUCGAAGAGAAAACACACAUUCGUCAAAUGUCGAGGAUUCUCUCAGUGAAAUUAUGUCAUCGUCAUCGAGGAAAGAGGAACCAACACAAACUAGAAGAUUUCAUGUUAAGGAGUCAACACCUGAUCCUAUAUCAUCUUUUGAAGAUGGAAAGCUGGCGCCACUCUUCAAAACGAACUCUUUCGAAGAUGUUCUCACCGCAUUGGCGAUCGAAGCUAAAGAAGCAAGUGAUAAGUUUACUCAAGAAUUGAAAGAACUCGAUGCAAAGAAGUACAAAGAAAUAGACCAGAAGGUAGAAUGUGAUUCUCCGAAAUCUUGCAAAAAACUUCUAGAUGCUGUAGUGAACAUUGAAAUUCCGAAGCAAGUAGAGAAAGGCAAAGAAGAAGAGGAUGUUAUUAUGGAGUCAGUAGCCACUAUUGUUUUCACUAAAGGUUCUCAGAAUGACGCCUCGAUAGAAUCUGACCAUGAUUACGAAAAUAUAAGUUCAGAUUUAGAACAGAAGAUUAAGGAAACUCUUAUAGAUGAGACUGAUAAAACUGAAAGUUCAGAGGGAAUGAAAAUGAGAGAUGAUGAUGAUUAUACACGAACAAUAAGUUUGAACGAAAAUGCAAACAAAUAUGAUAUCAAAGAUGAGGAUUCUAAAAAUGAAUCAGGUGAGACGUGUGUCGAUGUUGUGAUGUCAAAUGCUUUCAGCAUGAAUAUCACCCAUGAAAUGAGUUCUACAGACUUUCGUUUGUCCCAUAACGAGAGCUUUGUUGUCCCUUCUUACCCAUCUUGCAGUUAUGAAAAAUCAUUUACUAGAAUAGAGUCGAGUCAAAGUUUAAAGUCCCCAAAAUUAGUUCUAGAAUCUUCAAAAUUAAACGAACGCCAAAAUGAAAGUUCUGGUCAAUUAUCCAGAACAUCCUGUAACAGUAUUCAACCUUCUUCAAGUCGAAGUUUUUUUGAUGUGGGCAAUCUUUCCGAAGACAACUAUAAAACUAUUUGCUUUUUUGAGAAUAAUAAUCCCGCUUCUUUAGCCAUUGCAUGCUCCUAUGGUUUAGCAUGUCUUUAUCAGCUGGCUGCUUUAGAUUUGUACACUAUUUUGGGCAUCGUACUUGCCAUGUUCACUUUCAUAGCAGCAUUAUGUAUUUUUUUAGCUUCCAGUCGUUGAGUUUACGAGAAAGUUUAUAACCGGCGUUAUGGACCACAACUUACGUUUGUCAAACUUUGUUUCAUGCCAAAUAUAAAGAUUAAGUGUAUUGUAAAUAUAAAUGUUGUAUGUUAUGUUGAUAUGUUCAAUAAAUGUAUUUUAGUUA